ACAACUCAGCAUCUACCCCUUCCCCCAAUAUAUGUAAACCCCUACCCUUAUCUUAAACACUCACUGCAUUGCUAACUAGGAGCAAUCCAUAUACGAUCCUUUAGAAAGUGUCGUAUGGCUGGCUCCAGUGCGAGCAUGGUUGUGGCCCUUGUGCUCGCCAUGGCACUGCUGGCGCCGCCUGGCAGGGCGGAUGCGAUAACAUGCUCGGAUGUGUAUGGAGAUCUGCUGCCUUGCGUCGCCUACGUCCAGGCGGGAGGGUCGGUGGCCCCGCAGUGCUGCAGCGGGCUGCGAUCGCUGCUGGCUGCAGCUCGCACUGCGGAUGACCGCCGCACUGCCUGCAGGUGCCUCAAGACCAUUUCUGCGAGAUUCCCUGGGUAUGUCAGCCGGGCCAACACGAUCCCGGGCAAGUGUGGCGUCUCCAUCCCCUACAAGUUCAGCCCCUCCAUUGACUGCUCUAACAGGAUUAAUUGAAGUGGUCACUGAGGGGGCUUGGUGGAAGGAACGAAGGGUUUGCAGGAUAAGAACGACGGAGUCGACAGAAUAAGCGGAUGUCAUCUUACAGCGGGUCUUACAAUGUCUGUGUGGGCAUGCUUCUUAUUUUAUUAUCUAUGAUGUGAUCUUGAUAAGAAAGGCUAUACUAAAAAGCCAGCGCUGGCGCGUGCGCGCACGGCACUUCUAAGAAUGCAAAAAUAGGCCUGCAUACAUAAUCUAAAAUAAUAUUUAUAUAUUCAAAUUUUAAAUAAAAUAAAAAUUUAUUUUAUUUUAUUUUUUUCAACGGAUUAAAAAAUAAUAGUCAAUCAUCUUGAUUUAACAAUUCUAAUCAAUUUUUUUUUAAUUUCAAAUAAUUUUGAUUUACGAUAGACCAUAAAAUUGUUUAUUUUAGAUCUUUAAUAAGCAUUGUCAAAAUAUCAAAAUAAUAUUAAAAUAAAGAUUGAAAUACUAAAUUUUUUAUCAAACAGAAAUUUAAAAUAACAAAAAAAAAUAAUUAUUCUCUAAAAAUUUAUAUUUUUAUUUUAAAAAUAAAAUUUAAAAAUCCAAAUACUAUCCAAGAGAUCGAGGAAUCGUGGCUUUCAUGGGAGCUAAAUUCCUUUUCCCUCCUGUGUCCGAAGUUCAAACAAUUGCCAAAUUUACCAUCUUAGGAUUCUUCAAAAAUAAUGCAACGUGUGUGAAAUUAUUUUUUUCUUACGGCAAAAUUGGACACAAGAUUCUUCACAAAUGUUGAGUUCCGACAGCUGCUUGACAGACAAUGGUAAAUCUGUAUAUGUGACCCCCACUCGGGUGAUGAAUUUGUUCAUGCUAUGGUCUAGUCUAAUUUCAGGCCAAAAGACAGGAAUGCUGCAUAUGGUUGUCCUAAAUCCCAACAAAUUGCGGCACCCAUUAGUUACAUAUUACCAAUAUGAUAACAUUAACUAUCCCUUAUGCAUCAUACCAAAUCUAUGAGUCACUAAUCUCUCUUUGCCACAUGAACUAGAAACUUUUCAUGCGUACAAAACAGGCGCUGCAUCACUUCUAAUUCAUUAGCAAUAUCUUCUUAAUGGAAACUCAAGCACAUUGUCUUCUCAAGAAAAAGACUUUAAUUCUUACCCAAAAAAAAAAGAAAAAGACUUUAAUGAAAAGUAAUUUCAGAACUUGUAGCUCCAUAAAAAUAACUUAGUGAUACAACUAUUAGAAGAUUCAAACAGCAAUGACUAUUUCUGUUCUAUUUUUUCUUGUCCUCCAACAAAAUGCAUCCUGACAGUAGUAUCCAUAAAAGGUUGAUGAAUCAAUUGGCAGAUUCAGGUUGACACAUCUGCUGAAGCCAUCAUACAAGAUCAACUGGCACAUAUUUUCAUAGCAGAGCUUGUCCAUGAAAUACUCAUUCUCCUCGUAAUACAUUCUCCUCGUAAUACAUUCUCCUAAUAAUACAUAAUCAUGUCUUUUGUCCCAGAUGUCCAUGCACUUGAAUUUGGACCUACACAAGCCGGAUUCUUGUACAAUAGUUGCCUGACAAAGAAAUUUUCAUUCAAAGCUUGGUUUUCUGAUAUCCAUGUAGGAGAGCAGCAGAUAGCAAAAAGGAGAGACCCCAAGAACGUAGAGGCAAGUUAGCUAGCAUGCUUGUUUCUUGGCAGAUAUGCACGAGUAUACCUCAAACCAUCAGACAAAACUUACCUUAAUUGAUUAAGGCACGAGCUUCGCAGGUACGAAUGAAAAGCGAUAAAGAUUGUCGAGGAAAGGGAGAUAAAGCAUCAGAAAUAGCCACAAUUCAAACAAGUGUCAAAGGACAGUAUGAUGUUCGCUCGAGCAUUGUAGAAUCAAUGGGAAUCAAAGCAUCCAACAAAAAAACCAGUAUAAAGAAAGCAAUCUCCCCAAUAAGACUGGAUUAUCAUGACUCUGUAUUCUUGAUUGUACAGGGCAUGCAUGUUCAACAGAGGAAACUGGGGGGAAAUAGGACAUUUCAUCCAAAACAAAUGGAACCAAACGAAAUUUAAAGUUCAAAGCACAAACUAUAUAAAGA